AUGAGUGGUACGCAACAGAUGACAACAUUGGAAAUAUUACCAAAUGAAAUAUUACUUCACUGUUUUGAAUAUCUCAAUGCAUUCCAUAUAUUUCAUUCAUUUAAUCAAUUAAACCACCGUUUCAAUUGUCUUAUUUGUGAUACACCAUUGUAUAUUAAUUUGGAAGGAGACAUCAACAAAUCGGUGUUUGAUAGAUUUUGCAUCAAAAUGAUGCUAAAUCCACAAAUAAAAGAUCAAGUGCAUUCCUUAAAGUUACCUUCACCUCAAUCGAAUAAUGCUGCAAGUCUGCAAGCAACGACAUUUUUGUCGUUUUUUUCACUUGCAGAGCUCCAAAAUCUUCAAAGAUUUCAAACAACUGCAUACGAAAUACCUAUACCAAUGGAUACCACUUCAUCGCAUUUUCGCGAACAAGACAUACUAGACGUAUGUAUCGAAUCGUUUCCUAAAUUACGGGCAUUAUCGAUGCAGAGGUUACUACGCCGUCCAAGGGAUCAAUUAAACCCUAAUUUAUCAAUUACAAAGUUACGAGUUUAUAUUUGUAACAUGGAUGAUAUUUAUGAUUUCUUGAAGUGUGUACCUAUGUUAAAAUAUUUACAUAUUAAUGACUUUUAUUUUUCAAAUGACUCGUCUAAUGAGAAAACAAAAGAAUCUUGGCUUUACCUGGAACGACUGAUUCUAGAUCAGGCUAAUUGUUGUUCAUUUGACCGUUGUAAGGCAUUUGUGAAACUCACACCAAACCUCAAAAGUUUAACAAUAUCUAGUGACACAAAAGAUCUAAUCGAUGCUGCUGAAUGGGAAAGAUUAAUUACAAUCUCAUUACCACACUUAGAUGUUUUCCAAUUUAUGUUUCUUUGCUUUUACUUGAAUGAUGAACAGGAGAUGAUCAUGAGUAAAUUUCGAGAAUUUCACACUGAUUUUUGGCAAAAACGACAUAAUUGGUUUACUGAAUAUUCAGUAAUAGAUGAUGAAGCUCUCAUUUACACAAUACCUUUCGCACCAAAUAUGGAUGUGCUGGAACAACAUCGCGAAAUCUAUCGCCAUAAUUUCAAAGACAACCUCAACACAUUUGUUAAUGUCAGGAAGCUAAUGAUAGAUGAAGAAAUGCUAAGAAACAAAUGUGAAGUAUAUUUUCCAAAUGUUAUAUCUUUAGAAUUACAUAUGAAUUUGGAAUCUUUAUCGAUAGAGCAGACCGAACGUUUAGUGAAGAUCGUCAAUCCAUUUCACGUGAAAUUUUUAGAUAUCUCCCAUGUAUAUAAUAUGAAUAGUUCGUUAUUGUUAAAACUAUUCGAUCAAAUGUCACAAUUAUCUGGUUUGUCUGUUGAACGAAGUGUAUUAGCUGAAUUUCUUAAUGAUGGUGAAUUAUGCAAAUAUUUAAGAAAAGUUCAAAGGUUACAUCUAAUGGAAUUUGGUUGGUGGAUUACCGAGGAUGAUUUAUUCCCAAGAAAUAAGUUUUAUGAAGUAUUUUCCAAUAUUAAACAUUUACGAUUGGAACACGGUCGCGGUAUAGGAUUGUUAUCUUCACUAAGUCGUUUACCAAAACUAUCAACUUUUGAAGCACAAUGGGUAACUCGAAAGAGUCCUGAACUUUAUCGCUCCCAAAUGGCAAGUAAAGUCGAACAACUAAAUGCAAUUCAUAAAAUUAGUAUUGAGACAGACGAAGACUCGGAUGACGAUUCUUCUGAUACUGACAGUGAUCAUGAUUGGUAUAGAUAUUAUGGUGAAAAACGAAAGAAAUACUAUUAUACGGUAGAAAUAUGCAUAUGGUUGGGCAACAAUAUGUCCUAA